UCAGUGUGUAUGUAGUAGGCCUGGCUUGGGGCCCUGGGCCUCGGCGUCCUCCUUGGCGUCAACCGCGUCAGCCUGGAUGCCUCCAGUUGAUCCAAGCAAGUGCAACUGGUUUUACGGAUCUAGGAUCCUGUUUGACCAGAAUAAAGGCUUGAAAAAGAGAAUAAAGAAGCAGUUCGUUCUCUGCACGCAACACCUAAGAGCCCUUCGUGGUCCUCCCGGGGGCGGAGAGCUAGGCGGCAGCGCGGCGCGGGCUCGGUGGAGCGGCCCAUGUCCGGCGCGGGUGAAGCCCUCGUUCCCGGGCCCCAGCGCGGGGCCGAGGCGGGCGGCGGCCGGCUGGGCGCCCCAGCCCAGGAAAAAUGUGAUAAAGAAAAUACUGAGAGAAAUAUAACUCAAGCUACCGAUAGCUGCUUCACACAUGGAGAGAUGCAAGACCAGUCCAUUUGGGGAAACUGUUCAGAUGACGAACUCAUCCGAACUCAACCCCAGCGCUUGCCUCAGCUUCCAACAUGCUCACAGGAACCAAGUGAGGAAGAAACCAGCAAGAUAAAGAACGGCCACACAAGUCUGAGCAAUGGAAAUGGAAUUCACCAUGGGGCCAAACACGUAUCUGCAGAUAAUCGAAGACUUUCAGCACCUGUUUCUCACAAAAUGCAUAGAAAAAUUCAGUCCAGCUUGUCUGUAAACAGCGAUAUCAGUAAGAAGAGUAAAGUAAAUGCUGUCUUUUCCCAAAAGACAGGCUCUUCACCUGAAGACAUUGUGGUUGAAACCUCAGACUGGCCGAAAUCCUCAAGGGAGAGAAUGUGGAGCCAUAGGAGUGCAAAGAUCUGAGGUCAGAGAGAGGCGAAAAGAAACUCCACUGAGGCAGGACUGGAACUCAGAACUUUUG